UUCAUGCAAAAAUGUGUAAGUAUAUUUAAGAAAUUGCUAAACCUUGUUAAACCUGAUACUGAUAAAUAUCAUUUGUAAUAUGGUGAUUGAGUAUAUUUCAAGCUAAAACAAGACUAACCAAAACCAAAAAUAUCAUGAAAUAUUGGCUCUUCAGCUCUGUAAAUGUACCUGAACGUCCCCUUAUUGUCAAUAAUAAAUUUUGAAUAAAACAAAUGACUAUACAAUACAUACAAGAAAUGGAAAUAUGUCAUUGUCAAAUGUGUUUAGAAAUAAAUAAAAUUCAGGCUAAAAUUUUAAUAUAAAAAAUCUGGUCAUAAUAGAACAAUUUGUUGGGAAAAGAGCCCUCAGGGUCUACAGAAUAUGAACCUACAGCAGCUGGUUAGAGGGCUUGAGAGUUUUCACUGUCCAAGGAAUCUAAAAGGAAAUUAAAUAAACAGAGGAAGCAAUUCCAGAUUUCUGCUUGUAAGCUGGAAAGAAAUCCUUUGUAGCAUAAGCAUACCUUAAAAAGUAUAAAACUGUAUAACACAGAUAUUCUAUUCUAACAGUAGGAGAAACAAAAGGCCAAGAAUAAAUAUGAAUAAUAUCAAAUAAAUAGAUUUGAAGUAAAUUUUCUGUGAGGAAAUCUCAAAAUGUUUGAAUAGUAACACAUUUAAAUGAAUCUUUAAGAAAAUAUAUACAGUAAAAAUAUCUUGAACACACCUCAGAGAAGCUGGACUGAUAAGCUGAAACAAGAUAAACUAUAAGUGAUAAAUAUUCAUUGCCAGUUUAAUAAGUAAUACACAGGUAAACUUCAAUGCAUGUGUUGUCUUAACAAAGACCAUCAUUUUUUUUAGGGACUUUUCUGCCAGAAGCAUGUCUGGAGACAGGAAGGAAGGUGAAGAAAGAAUAGUAGAUCCAAAACAACCUUUAUUGAAAGAUGACUUGUUUUUCAAUAAUGUUUAUAAGAUUAUAUAUUAAACUGACACCAAUUAUGGCUGAAUUGUAGAUUUAUUAGAAGCAGCAGUAUGAAAUAUGUGAUGUAAAUAUGAAUAGCCAGUUCGUGUGACACAAAGAAGUGAUCAAACAUUGGCAUGCAUUAUAUGUUUUCUUCUCCACUGACCAACUGUAUAGGAAUCACUCUCGGAUUUACUUCUCUUGAGCUUAGAAAAUGGCCAGGACCCUGGAGUUCCUCCUCUAAAGUCUUCUUCACUGUUUCAUGCAGAUUGGGCAAGAGACAAUAAUCAAGGAUGAAAAACCAAACCACACUGACAACCUUCAUCUUGCUAGGACUGACUGAUGACACGAGACUGAAAAUUUUGCUUUUGAUCUUUCUAUUUCUUUCCUACAUGUUGAGUGUAUCUGGAAACCUAACCAUCAUCACCCUCACUCUGAUUGAUUCCCACCUUAAAACACCUAUGUAUCUUUUCCUUCAAAACUUCUCUUUCUUAGAAAUUUUCUUCACAACUGCCUGUGUUCCCAGAUUCUUGUUUAGCAUAUUAUCUGGGGACAAGUCCAUUACCUAUAAUGCUUGUGCCAGUCAACUCUUUUUUACAGACCUCUUCGCAGUAACAGAAUUUUUUCUCCUGGCCACCAUGUCCUAUGACCGUUAUGUGGCCAUCUGCAAACCUCUGCAUUACACGACCAUCAUGAGCAGCAGAGUCUGCAAGAACUUCAUCCUCUUCUGUUGGGUAGCAGCACUGAUCAUCAUUCUCCCACCAAUCAGUCUGGGUUUGGGCCUGGAAUUCUGUGAUUCGAAUGUCAUUGAUCAUUUUUGCUGUGAUGCAUCUCCUAUCCUGAAGAUCUCUUGCUCUGACACAUGGUUGAUAGAACAGAUGGUUAUAGUGUGUGCUGUGUUAACAUUCAUCAUCACUCUCAUGUGCGUAGUUCUUUCCUACACUUAUAUCAUCAGGACUAUUCUAAGGUUUCCCUCUGCCCAGCAAAGGAAAAAAGCCUUUUCCACGUGUUCUUCCCACAUGGUCGUAGUUUCCAUUACUUAUGGUGGUUGCAUCUUCAUUUAUGUCAAACCUUCAGCAAAGGAUGAGGUGGCUGUUAAUAAGGGGAUUUCACUCCUUAUUACUUCUAUUUCACCCAUGUUGAAUCCCUUUAUUUACACACUGAGAAACAAGCAAGUGAAGCAAGCUUUUCAUGACUCAAUUAAAAAAAUUGCAUUCCUCUCAAAGACGUAGGGAAAAAAGAGUCUAUGAAACCAAUUAAAAGGAAGAAAAAACAGGCAGAAAACCUGAAGUUUCUGAUAAUAUUUUUGUCUACGUGAUUUAUUCUCCAGUCUUAUGGACAUUUGCCCUUUGUGUUUAAACGUGUUUACUAUGAGCCUUGACUGUUCCAUUUUUUACACUCUAUCAAAACUAAAUUCUAAGAUGUUUACUUUUACUCACUAGCAGAAACUGCUUUGUGAAACAUGUUGGUUGGUAUUCCCAGAAACCCAAUAGACUACAUUUUUCUGCCACAUUUCUACACUGUGAGGUGUGGCUCUGUAGACUAUGUUAUAGCUAAUAGUAUGGGUGUGAAAGGGAUGUGCAUUAUUUCUAGACCUGCCCAAUAAAAAUGUACAAUACAUGAUCCACCAUUCUUUUUCCUAAACUACCAGCCAGAUGUCCACGUUUAAAUAUGACUUUGUAAGCUUCAUGUUGAUGAUGAAUU